CACAGGAACUCAGGAGGACCCUAAAAUUCCAAAUGCCUUAUCCUGUGGAAUAAACUAUAAUAUUUUAUCCUAAUGGCUUGAUUAAUAAUACACAUAGAUUUAACCCCUUUUAACUCCUUCCUGCAUGUAUAACUCGUUAAAUGGGGUUGUUUUCUACCUGUGUCCACCAAAACACUGUUAUAACAGAAUUUGUAUGUAUAUGAACUCAUCCAACAAUUUUGUAUAAAUGGUACAGUUUUUGCAUGCAGUAUCUUACAUGUAAUAAGUGUCACAUAUCAAGAUCUUUAUACCCUGCAGGCACAAGGAAAUCCAGGAGGGUAGAAUAGAGUUUUCUGAUCCAUUCCCUUCUUCAUCAGAAAUGUUUAGUGGUUGCCAAGCUAUCCCAUCUGAACCAAGCUGCAAUUAUCAGACAAGAGAGUUGCCAAAUUAUAUUUCCCAGGAAGACUCCUUGAGUUUUGUGGAUCAGCUGCUUCUGAAUGCUUACCUCCAACCAGACCCUCCUGCAGAAAACACUUUUAAUUUCAUGCAGAAUCCAUCUAUUGGUUACCCUGAAGACAACAUCAUGCCAGCCCCCAUCUUCAACCAGAGCAUGACCCCAGAAUCACUUUCAGACUCAUCAGAUAUUUCAAACUCAUUUGAAUAUUCUCCAUCUCAUCAAGAAAUAGCCUUUGCCCCGCAGAGGUAUAGUUCUCCAUCAUUCCAGGACCCUGCAAGCUGUGCCUUUGCAAAUGAUUACUGCCAACAGCAGAAUGGAUCCACAUUCUGUUACUGUCAAUACUGCUGCUCUCCGGUUCAUCAAGAAACAAUGAAGACUCAGGGACCCUAUUACUACACUAACACAGACUGCCUAGAAUACGUUCCCUCAUCUACUAUCACAGAAGAUUUCUUUUCAAGGGAAAUAAAUAGCUAUGAUAUGUGCUACAGUUAGCAAACAUGCCAUGAAAUACCCAUACAAUGCACUGAAAUUAUAACAAACAUUCAAUUUUCUGUAAACACAUUUACUGCCGUUGCCAUUAAUACACUAAAUGCCGAUUUACUUUAUUCAGGGUUACAUAAUGGAGAUACAUUUGUGUCAAUG